AAAGAAGUAAAGAAAUACCAGAUAGGCAAUCUACACCUGCAAGUACUGGUAGGCGAAGAAGAAGAUCUCCACUCGGUGUGCAAUACGCUUGGUAUACUGAUAGUUGUAGUCAAGCUUGUCGUAGCUUUCGUGGUUAGGAAUGACCACCAAAAAAGAUUUCGACAAGCUCCGGGAGAACGUCGUCGAAUACCAGAGCGGUGAGCCAGGGGAAAGCACGAAUGUUCCCUGCGCUGCUGCCACAGAAGAGUGCGAAGCACCAAGAAAGCUCGUUUUCAAAAGAGCCGCCACGGGCGAGGCAGGCAGCUCCAAGCGGCCAAGGGAGGACGUCAAGCACGAGCCACUUUCAGAAGACGGUGAUCUGUGGGCUGGAGGGGCCAGUGCUAGGAGCAAUGGAGCAUUCAUCGGAGCUGACCUCUGCGAGGGAUCCAGCUCGAAGCCAGUGCGACAGAACGCCAAAAAGGAGCCGCCUUCAGGUGCCCAUCCUCUAUCCUUCAUCGGAGCUGACCUCUGCGAGCUAUCCCGCUCGAAGCCAGUGCGACAGAACGCCAAAAAGGAGCCGCCUUCAGGUGCCCAUCCUCUAUUUUGCGACGACUGCAGGAUUGACUACCCCGGUGACUGCCCCAUACAUGGACCGCUAACACACAUCAAAGACACUUAUCUUCUUUUGCAGGUGUCCAUUGGGGAUCCGCAGCGGGCAAACAAAACCUUGCCCGACGGCCUUUCCAUACGUCGCACGACGCUGAAAGGCACUCAGUAUGGCGUGUUCGCCACGAAACCGCUGCCCAAGAGAAUCUUCUUCGGGCCUUACGAAGGCGUGCGCCGGGAAACACUGCAAAUGCCGGAGACCAGAUUCCUGCGCAAGGUUCACACAGGCACCAAGGGUCGCCAGGUAGACGGCCGCCCUCUGGCAUUGUCCAACUGGAUGCGUUACGUGAACAGCGCUCCGGCCGGGCAGGACCCCAAUUUGGUCGCCUUUGAGCGUGCCGGAGCCAUUUAUUACAGAACGUGCAAGGCGGUGGGAGCAUUCGAGGAGUUGCUCCUUUUGGACGAAACAGCUGACACGCGAAAGUCAAGUGCCUCAGGGACGCAGAAAAAGGAUUCUCUUCGGCCACGGGAGGUAUUUUCCUGCACUAAAUGCGGGGACUGCUUCUCUUCGCAAAUGUACCUUGAAAGACACGAUCGCCAUCAUCACACCGAGAGGCCGCAAGGCGCGCACAGCUGUUCUACAUGCAGCUACUCCACUAACCAAAGAUGGCGGCUCGACCAGCACAGCUUGACUCACACGGGAGAAAGGCCGUACGUGUGCGAAAUAUGCAAAAAGGACUUCACAUGGCGCACCGACCUCAAUGUCCACUUGCUGGCCCACACUCAAGAGAGGCCGUACGAGUGCCCAGAGUGCGGCGAGCGCUUCAACUGCCCAUCUCACCUGCAGCGCCACAAAAAAAUGCACUCGAGGGACCCACGACCGCACGUCUGUCCCGACUGCGGCAAAUGCUACGCGAGAAAAGACUACCUCAAGGUGCACUUGCUCACCCACGUGGCAGAGCGUCGGUACGAAUGCGCGGAAUGCGGCAGGAAGUUUGCUGACCCGAGUAACGCCAGACAUCACUACCUUUUCGUGCACGCCAAGCAGUAUCCGCUCUCAUGUCCGCAUUGCGGUAAGGGAUUUGCAAGUCGGCGUGACGUACGGCGACACGUACGAGCGAGACACGAUGGCCAAGAAGAUUAACUGCAAGGCUGGCACGACUGAUUUCAGGAUUUGCGUCGCAGCAGGCAGUGCAUGCCCAAUAAAAUUUUCACCACAAAAUCGGGACGAACAAAA